ACUUUCGCAUGAUAUGCUCGGGAUACGCCCUUGUUCGCAGUCAUUUUGGUUAUCGUCAAAUUCGGGGAAGCAAGCGUCUCCGGCCAGUAAAUCGACGAACGUGAACGAUCGGAACCAAAGUCGUCAUCUGUUUGUGAGCGAGUCUGCUACUGAAGCUGAAGUACUAAUAGGUCACACCUAUCUCCUGUUCUGAGAGGGAAGCGGCAGUAGUGGUUGCUUGUCAAGAACGUGCGUGGCUAACACACCCCGGGUCGGUCUGGAUUAGGCAGGAGCGUGGGCUGUGGCUGCCACUGUCCGCGUUUAGCGCGUCGCGCCAGCUCCCAGCGCUCCGCCGCCCCUUUAUCCGAGACGCAUACCCAUCCACCGCCCCGCUGGCAAGCAACGAUACCAACAGCAUCAAGACGCCUCACCCCAGGCCGACAACCACUUACAGUAACAGACCAUUCCAUGAAGUAUAUCGACAUACCCGACCUCUCGCGCCUUGCGCAGCGCCUCGACCAUGACGGACCCGAAUGCUCUGUGCGCACCCGCAUAGAAGCAUACAGCUGCAAGAACAUCAAACGCGACAAGAAGCUCUUCCGUCAGCUCGAGAGCGCAUACAACGACGAGGUUUCCAACUCGCCACCCGUGCCGUCUUUCAUCGCGCUCGACGAGUCGACCGCCUUCGGGCCAAUGUCCGACCCCAAUGCGCGCAAGACGUUCCACACCGUGAUCGCGAUGCUCAACGUCGCUUACCCUGACCACGAGUUCUCCGACGUGAAGCCUACCGACUUCCACUGCGAGGAGCCGGCGGACGUGCUGAACUCGCUCAGCACGGCGCUCCUCACAUACCGCGGCACGCACGCACCCCGGGCUUACUCUGCCUACCCACGUUCCGCGCCCGGCAUGUUCCCCUCCUCGCUCCCCACGUCCUCGUCACCCGUAGACUAUAUUCGACAGAGCCCGAACGCACCUCCCAAGGCAGUCUCCGGCACGCAUCCGUUGCUCUACCGCGCGAUCGACGACGCGAUAGGCGUCGCCGAGUGCGAAGUCUACUCGUACGAGCCAAGCAUGGUUGAGUUCGACCCGCACGCGAACGACUACGAGGACGACGAGGACGACGUCGCCUCUGUCGGCGAGGAGGACUCGGCAUCCUCCGAGGAAGAGCUGCUCUUCGACGCCGACCCUUAUGACGUCGAUGAGGCUGGCGACCAGCCUUCGCGGCGGAUACCUGCUGACGGGCGGAUGUCACCCAGUAGUGGGCGCACUACGUCUAGUGACGAAUCUGCCUUCCGGAUACCGUCGCCCACGCGUAUACGGAUGCAUCGUCGGGGAUCCCUCCUUUGGAGCAGCCACUACUUCUUCUACAACAGGAAGCUCAAGCGCGUGCUGUUCAUCACCGUGUGGUCGCGUCGGCCGAGGAGUGCUCAGUGGUCGCUCGAUGAGGAGAUGGCGGACGAGGCUGACUACAGCUCGAGGAGCGAGCGCUUCCUGGGCUGGGAAGGGGCUGUCGGUGCUGGUGCUCGGGCGAUGGGUCUCAGAGCUGCGAUAGCUAUAUGACGACCACUGUGAGUGGUUGAAAUAUAUGAUAUCUAAACGCUUUCGAGUCAACACCCGCAGUCCCCAGGACGAUACCAUGACGUACCGAUGCUUGCAUUUGUCACUCUUGUUUAUGGCCUACGGACACCUUUGGACCAGGAUUC